AUAACUGUCAAGGUUAUUUCUUCCGGACAAAUGCUGACGACUGGCUGCAGGGUGCAAAGUGUGGUGGACAGAGCGUGAAUAUGCACCCCGUGCAAAACACGCUUAGACAACGGAUUCUCUGUCUGGAGUGCAAUUAUGAGUGACUCCCACACAAGGGUUGUAUUGUGUACGCGGGUCCCAAUAUCAACGAGUUAUAGAGCAAUAAUAAUAUAUGUUGUGGCUUUUUUUUUUUUUUUUAAAUGUAUGUCCACCCCGGUGAUUGUACCCUACCUGACAACAACCUAACAGGUUGGCUCGUUUUGAUGCGUCCCUUUAGAGCCAAUGAGUGUUAUCUGCCUGCCUAUAUAGUGUCACACAGUGCAAAAAGCUAGAGGACAUCCACUCUCUCUCUUUUUUUUUUCUCCAACCCCUUCUCUACAUAAUCAUCAGCGGCACUGCCAGCUUCAUCAUCAUCAUCAUCGUCAUCAUCAUCGCCCCCCUCCAGCCUCGGGGUUUUUGGUUAAGCGUCUCUGCAGCCUGCAGCAUCUUCGCGGAGCAGCAGCAGCGGCGGCGGCAGCAUCUCUCCGCGGACAGCCCUCCGGUUCGCGCUAAGUGACGUGACUUCGGGCCAAUCCAGUCGCCGCUCGGGCUGCCGACGCCACUGAGAGAGAGGGGCGGCGUCCAAUGACGAGGGUCGGCGGGGCGGGUGGGUGGCGGCGAGGCGUCGGUGUGGUGUACUUCACCAACCCCUCCUAUGGGUUUACACAGAGUUAGUGCAAGAUAUUCUGCUCUGGGAGUGAGAGUGCAAGGAUAAACGGCACAUGCACGCUGCGCAUCGCUGUCACACUCAACAGCCCGUGUAUCUGGGUUGGCAUCUCUUAGUGGGGAUCGACUCUUGAGAUUGCACACCUCUUCCCCCCCACCCCUGCACCGCCACCACAUAAACGUCUUCAUGAUCUUUUUUUUUUUUUUUUUUUUUUUUUUUUAACCUUGUGCCUGCUGAUUAUUGAUGGAGCUCCGUGAACUUGAAACAUGACGGGACACGCGAGUCUCUUCUUUCGUUCACCUCGCCUUCACCUUCACAGGUAGAAGAGAGGGGGGAAAAGAGAGGAGGAGAGACAGAGAGGGAAAAGAAAAGAUGCCGGUUUUUGUCGGGAUGUGUACGGGGAGAUGAGCACUGAUUUUGGGACGCGUUCUAAAUGGAAGACACCACAAGCCACUGACCACCUUGCUGCGUCUGCCGGAGAGUGACGCUGAUCACCGCAAAUCACCGCCAGGUCGCACAACAAGAUCCCGUCCGCUCCCGAAGUUAAAUGGGUGGAAAGGACCUGCGACAUUUGCAGCUUCUAAUUUACCCCAGUUUGUUCGCGAUCAGCUGAUUUUCACCCAAAACCUGUUUUUGAGUCCGAUACCUCCCGCGGGGCGAUUAUUUUUUUACCCCCCAUUCCACCACCUCUACCACCACCGCCACCUCUUUUCCGGACCCAAAGGCAGAUCAGACGGAGGAAAGGAUAUCUUUACGCGAAUAAACUCGCACGGCACACUGGAUGAGAAGACUAUGAGCUGACACACUCCAGUUUUUUUUCCCCUCCUGCGCUGCAACGGAUUUGGGUUUUGCUCGUGGAAGAUUCGCCACAUGCAAGGAGCCACUGCCUCUAACAAGGUUUGCGUAGACAGAAACCUUUUGAGUUCUCGAAGGCUGGAAACAAACUAACACUGUCAUGGAUCUAAAAGACUAUUACCUGUUGGGCGCCCUACUUGCCUGCAUAUGGCUAGACCCUUCGAUAGCCCAGGAGCUCAUCUACCCCAUCAGAGAGGAGCUGCAGGAAAAUAUGCUUAUUGGAAACAUACCAAAGGACCUAAACAUUUCCCACACUAAUGCUGCCACUGGAGCAAGUGCUAAUCUUGUGUACCGGCUCGUAUCUAAAGCAGGAGAUAACCCACUGGUCCGCGUUCUGAGCAGCACUGGGGAGAUAUUCACGACAUCAAACCGAAUCGACAGGGAGAAGUUGUGCCCCGGCCCCUCGUUUGAGGACAGCGAGUGCUCCUUUGAAAUCGAGGUGGUCAUCCUGCCUAAUGAUUAUUUCAGGCUGAUUAAGAUCAAAAUAAUCGUCAGGGACACGAAUGAUAAUGCCCCCAUGUUUCCGUCCCCUGUGAUCAACAUCUCCAUCCCGGAGAACACGCUCAUUAACAGCCGUUUUGCUAUUCCGUCCGCCACUGACCCGGACACUGGCCCCAACAGUGUCCACAAAUACGAGCUGAUCAACGGGCAGAGUGCGUUCGGCUUAGACAUCGUAGAAACGCCUGAGGGGGAGAAGUGGCCUCAGCUCAUUGUGCAGCAGAAUCUGGACAGAGAGCAGAAGGAUACGUAUGUGAUGAAGAUUAAAGUGGAGGACGGUGGCAGUCCGCAGAAAUCCAGCACUGCCAUUCUCCAGGUUACUGUAACAGACGUCAAUGAUAACAAACCAGUGUUUAAAGAGAGUCAGAUAGAAGUGCACAUACCGGAGAAUUCCCCUAUUGGCACGUCUGUUGUGCAGCUCCAGGCCACAGACGCAGACAUAGGGGCCAACGCAGAGAUACAUUAUGUAUUUGGGACUCAGGUGCCUCCUGCUACAAAAAGGCUGUUUGCAUUAAAUACAACAUCUGGCCUAAUUACUGUGCAGAGACCUCUGGACCGGGAGGAGACUGCCAUUCAUAAGCUCUCUGUUUUAGCCAGUGAUGGCAGCUCGAGUUCAGCCAGAGCUACUGUUACCAUAAAUGUGACUGAUGUUAAUGACAAUCCACCUAAUAUAGACCUGAGAUACAUAAUCAGCCCCAUUAAUGGGACUGUUUUCCUCUCAGAGAAGGAUCCCAUCAAUACCAAGAUAGCUCUCAUCACGGUGUCAGACAAAGACACUGACAUCAAUGGCAAGGUCAUUUGUUUCAUAGAGAAGGAUGUGCCCUUCCAUCUCAAAGCCGUGUACGACAACCAGUAUCUGCUAGAGACAUCUGCCCUGCUUGACUACGAGGGGACAAAGGAGUACAACUUUAAGAUUGUCGCUUCUGACUCUGGAAAGCCGAGCUUGAAUCAGACCGCCUUGGUACGAGUGAGGCUGGAGGACGAAAACGACAACCCUCCUAUUUUUACACAGCCGGUCAUUGAGCUGGCUGUUAUGGAGAACAACAAACGCGACCUGUUCCUCACUACUCUCAGCGCCACAGACGAGGACAGCGGGAAAAAUGCGGAGAUAGUGUAUCAGCUGGGACCUAAUGCAUCCUUUUUCGAUCUGGACCGCAAAACGGGGGUCCUGACUGCAUCCAGGGUGUUUGACCGGGAGGAUCAAGACAGAUUCCUGUUCACGGUAACGGCGAGAGAUAACGGCACGCCUCCUCUGCAAACACAGGCAGCCGUUAUUGUAACGGUGCUGGACGAAAAUGACAACAACCCCAAGUUCACACAUAAUCACUUCCAGUUCUUUGUGUCUGAGAAUCUUCCUAAAUACAGCACCGUGGGAGUGAUAACUGUGACAGAUUCUGAUGCUGGAGAGAAUGCCGCUGUUUCUCUUUCUAUACUGAAUGACAAUGAGAACUUUAUACUGGAUCCUUACUCCGGUGUGAUCAAAUCUAACGUGUCAUUCGACAGGGAGCAGCAGAGCUCCUACACGUUUGACGUUAGGGCUGUGGACAGCGGCAGGCCUCCGUGCUCCUCAGCCGCCAAGGUGACCAUCAAUGUCAUCGACGUGAACGACAACACCCCCAUCGUCAUCUACCCCCCCUCCAACACGUCCUUCAAGCUCGUCCCCCUCUCCUCCAUCCCAGGAUCUGUGGUGGCAGAAGUGUUCGCUGUUGAUGGGGAUACGGGGAUGAAUGCAGAACUCAAAUACACCAUAGUGAGUGGGAACAACAAGGGUCUGUUCAGGAUUGAUCCCGUCACGGGGAAUAUUACCCUGGAGGAAAAGCCUGUAGUGACUGACAUAGGCUUACAUAGAUUAGUGGUCAAUAUCAGUGAUCUGGGCUAUCCCAAAUCUCUCCAUACUCUGGUGCUGGUAUUCCUUUACGUCAAUGACACCGUGGGGAACUCGACGCUCAUCUAUGAUCUCAUCCGACGCACCAUGGAGACCCCAAUUGACCGAAACAUUGGUGAAAGCAGCGAAACUUAUCAGAGUGGGGACUAUUUAACCAUAAUGAUAGCCUUCGUCACUGGCGCCUUAGUGGUGAUUAUUGUCAUCUUUGUCACUGUGCUGCUGCGCUGCCGCCAUGCAUCCAGGUUCAAGGCGGCACAGAGGAAAAAACAGGGGGCCGAGUGGAUGUCGCCCAACACGGAAAACAAGCAGAACAAGAAGAAAAAGCGCAAGAAAAGGAAGUCCCCCAAAAGCUCCUUGCUCAACUUUGUCACCAUCGAGGGGAACAAAUCUGACGACCCUGCCCACGAGCCAAUCAACGGAACCAUCAGUCUGCCCACCGAGCUGGACGAGCAAGGGAUUGGACGCUUUGAUUGGAAUGCCACACCUACCACAACCUUCAAACCGAGCAGCCCAGACCUGGCCCGGCACUACAAGUCCGCCUCGCCGCAGUCAGCCUUCCACCUCAAGGCCGACACGCCGGUCUCGGUGAAGAAGCAUCACGUGAUUCAGGAGCUCCCUUUGGAUAACACAUUUGUUGGGGGCUGUGACACCCUUUCCAAGAGAUCCUCAACGAGCUCUGACCACUUCAGUGCCUCAGAGUGCAGCUCCCAAGGAGGGUUCAAGACGAAGGGGCCCAUGCACACCAGACAGCAGGGAACAUUAACUCGUGCCCGAACUGAACUGAACCCUGAAUAUCUGGACCUUCGUCCGCGAGCCGAGCUGAACCCUGAAUAUUGGACCCCUUGCACCCCUUUAUCACAGCGGCGCGUCACGUUUCACCUGCCGGAUGGCUCUCAGGAGAGCUGCAGUGACAGCGGUCUGGGGGACCAUGAGCCUGUAGGCAGUGGCUCCCUCCUCACACAACCUCUUCCUCUGGUGCAGGCGCAGGACGACUUCUACGAGCAGGCUUCCCCCGAUAAGAGGACUGAAGCUGAUGGCAACUCCGAUCCCAACUCUGACGGUCCUCUGGGACCACGUGGCCUAGUAGAAGCUACAGAGAUGUGCACACAAGAGUGCCUUGUCUUGGGACAUUCAGACAACUGUUGGAUGCCCCCAACGUUGGGAACGUACCAGCAGCCCAAGUCACCCGUGUCCAGCUUUGGGUCUCAGAGGGAGUGGGGUCCCAAGGAAAAACUCCUCAAUGGACAUACUCUGACGAGAACCUGGAAAAAUGAGAGUGGGCGGUCAGAGCAUUUUGGUGACAGGAAGCAGUUUGGGAGCGGAGAGGGACACUUCACCAGCAGUGGAAUGGCUGAUAUUCCACUGGUGAGUUUGAAGUCCUGCCAGCCUGCCUCCUGUCCAGACAGCCCAAAGGACCAGCAGCUAUAAGAGGGACUUUGCUUCUGUGCUGUGGAGCGUCCUUGCAUCUGGACACAGCGAACGAGCGGAGCAUCUAACCAGAGCUCGUCCUCCUGUUUUGUUGUUUCCUUUCUCUCUCCCCCCCACCUCCCCCAUUUCUUCCCACUUAAGUUGACGCUUCUGCAGUUUGAUUGCCACACUUGCUACUGUAUGUAGGCCACAAAAUAGUGCUUAUGCUGUGUUCUCUACAAUCCAACUUUAUUAUGGCUCUAGGAAAAAAAACAAAAAAAACUUUUUCCUUUUUCUUCCUCUUUAUGGAUUUCUUCGACAUUCAGUUACACCUCUGUCCGCUUCAUGCGCGAACUGGACAAGUGGAGGAAGGACGAAUGGUGGAGAAAAUGAAAACAAAUUACAAGAAAAGGAAAAAAAAAAAAAAAAGACUACCAUGGCUGACCAAUAUAUACAAAUAUUUGUGGUGUGGUUGUUAUUGAGUUGUUCAGGACUAUAUUAAUCGACACAAUCAAAGAAAAUGGAAUUACAUUUCAGAAAGUGUUGUUCUGAUAACACUGUUCGUGGACACUUGUUUAUUCUGUCAUUGUCUGUGUGUUUGUAUAUAAGACUUAUUAACCACUAUCAUGUAUCUGUAAUAUCCACAGUGAGUAGGACAGUUCUUGUCAUAAUAACGGCUUGUCAUUGGCAUUGGAAAUUUCAGCUGGACAGGAGAUUUACAAUACGGCAAAAUGUACCAGAUAAAAACCCAACAGUUUCCUUUCAAAUGUCCAUCUCGUAAUAUACUCAGUGUUACCCAUAUUCUUUCACAGUCAUUUUCUUUCCCUCAGAGUAAUGCAAAACCACAGGCAAACAUUUUUUAAAAAAAGACAAAACAUUUUGUAUGAAGGAUGUCAGUGCUCAAUAUGUGCAUUAUAAAAAUGAAAAGCUCUGAAAGCUCUCCUCUACUGAUUUUGAAAGUGUUCAGUACAAUUAAAUAGCAAUAUAUUUGUAAAUGGCUAAAUGUUUUAUCUAACGUUGAUCUUAUUACUGUAUAGAUUUUACUCAAAAUUGUGAUUUAACUGAGUACAAUCCCUCAGUAGUACCUGCAAUUUAUUGUCAUAUGUGUGUAUAUAUAUAUAUAUAAAUAUAUAAAAAAAAUAUUAUUUCCACAGUUAUUUUCCAUACAUAAGAAAACACAGGUUAGGAUAAUACUUUAAUCACUGUGCCUUCAUGAUGUUUCUCCAACCACUAAAUUGUGCUUAUUUAAACGACGAGACCAUGUUGGCUACAAAGAAUAUCCAGUCUUAUAAUCGGAUGCCUUUACGCAUUGAAUGUUUGCCAAAUUUAGAGACAUAAUCACACAGAUGUAAACGUACAAAAAUCCAGAUGUUGAUCCUAAAGAAAAACACAAAGGCAUGUGCAGAUAAUGGGUCAACCAUUAAAGCUCAUCUGUCUUUCCACUGUCUGAAAAGGUUUGUUUCACUCCACAGCAUGGAAGGCAAAUUACACAAUGGAAUAGCAUGCUAAAAAAAGAUAUAGCUUUUGAAAUUAACUUGAUAAUUUUUUUUUUUUUUCGUGUCAUUUUACUUUGUUGGGAUAUGGCUGAUUUGUGCAUUAAGGCGACGUUCGGUUUGUAAAGCACUUUCAUAUUUAUGUCACAGUAUAAAGAAGUUAAGUGGGAUGGAGUGAUUCGCUUAUCGCAGUAUGUUUGUCAGUUGUGAGGGUGUUUGGCAUCACAGAUACUGAAACAAUUAAUCCUUGUUACUACUCUACAGGUAUACAGCUACUGCAAUAAAUGUUUUGAUUAUG